GGCAGCUGUUCCAUACCCUCCUCCACUUGCCAUGCAACAGAAGCCAACGUGCACGAAUGUUCGCAUCCGCUCCACUCGCGACGCUCACAAGAUAUUUUACGCUGUGCAGCUCCGUAUCCUUCCCAUGAUUACGAGACGUCUCGACGGCGACGAACGUCUCGCUCUCUGUUCUGGUUGUAUCUAUGCAUGGGAGGAGCGCGGCCCUCACACAGAAAUAACUGGUUUGGGAAUUGAACGUUUUACAGAAGGCAAACGCUGGAGCCCUUCCCGCGUGCGAGACGAGUUCCUUUUUUACUAUGAGAAGUACACGCCACCGACGGAGGCUGGCGGUUCCGGGGCAUCUGAUAAACAACCCCCUCGUGACUGGGACCCUCUAGUAAAGCAGACAUACUCGGUGUGGGUUGAAACCGAGAAAGGCCGGCGUAAAUGGCACCUUACCGCUUAUUUCACACAGGCUACGGUCGACCAACUAGGCACCAUUGAUGAUAUCCCAGGUGUGGCUGAACUUGUUGUGCCGGAAGGUACAUUCCAAAGCACUCGUGUUAGCAAGAGUCGCAAAGGUGAUGACUCUCGAGCGCGCUCCGACCUCUUGAAACCAACCAGCUCCUCUGUGACAAGGACGUAUGCCCCAUUUCCCUCAGCUUACCCAAUUCAGGCCAAUUCAUUCUCUACACCCACGUUUGUGCAAGAACCUGGUCGCCUAAACUCAUACGCCUCUCACACUUCAUGUCAGUCUUCGGAAGCUCCUCAGUAUUCUGUUCCUACACCCUUGUCACCUGUGACAAGCUCCUCUCCCACUUUCUCAACAACUCGAUCCGACGAUGACGCCGACUAUAAAUGUCGCCGCCCGUCCUUACCCACAAACAGUCCACCCGCUUCAGACAAUCGGCGUACCUCUAUGGAUUACAGCAUGCGAGUGGAUUCAUCGACUCUAGUUGCCCGGGAGAAGGGAAUUGCACCAGUAACCACAUCUGAUUACCGCCGCCGAGAUGAGCAAUACCACUUGCCUCCCACCGCGCGUUGUGAUAUGGGUUUGCCUUCUGCCCGUGAUAGUGGUGCAGCUUUCUCUCGCAACACAUCACCUUACUCCUACAACCUACGUUCUUCCCGAUCACCGCAGGGGUCGUCCUCUUCUGACUACGGAACGCCUGUGCUCGGUUAUACAACCGUUUCCGGCCCUCGAGAUGCUGUCUCUAGCGGCAACUCUUCCUACCCAUAUUCUCCAUAUACUGCGCCAUCAUAUACAACUCGUGGCACUUCUCAAAUUUCUUUACCACCUCCUGCCCAACUACUUAGCCCAGAGCGCCCCAGCCAAUUAUAUGAAGUGACGAGUUCCUUACAAGAGAAACCUACAGGAAUUGGAUCACGUAGGGUAGACCUUGCACCACUGCACUCAUUGAAACGGAGUCACCCGUACAAGAGAGAUCCCGUAGAUGACAAGACGCUCCGGUUGCUCGUUCAGGGUGACCAUUUUCUCUAGUCGGUCAAACUAGAAGAGUUGAAAGUACUUCACUGACACUUCCAAUGCUCCAAGGCAGCUGCUCCACCAACUAGGUGCUAGCAUCCACUCUGCGAUCACGCCAACGGGAGCGAAGCGAGGGCUGGGAGACGGGGUUUCUGACUAUGAAAUCAUUACUCACGCCAAAUGUUCCCCUGACAGUAGUGUGUGCACUCUUAUCCCAAGUACAGAUUCAUUCAGGUCCGCCUCUCCAAGCCGAUGGGCAUGGUGUUGACGGUUGUGUGCACCCUAAAUCACUUGUACCGUAACUAGAAGGGACACGUAUGGAAUACACUAUCCCUCAAAAUGAUAGUCUACGUUACGCACACUCAUACUAGCGGCUACAAUGAACUCAAAAGAAUACGAUGUCGUUGUG